AUGUAUCGAGUAGCUUCAAAAUUAGCUUCAUCUAUUAGUUCCUCGACUUCGAGAAAACUGGUUUAUAGUAGGGUGAUUUGCAACAGGAAUUAUGUGGCAAAAGAUAUCAGUUUUGGGGUUGGGGCACGUGCGGCUAUCCUGCAGGGUGUGUCCGAGGUUGCAGAUGCCGUGAGAGUCACAAUGGGACCAAAGGGCCGUAAUGUAAUUAUUGAGAGUAGUCGAGGCUACCCUAAAGUCACAAAGGAUGGUGUUACUGUUGCCAAAAGCAUCAAAUUCAAGGAUAAGGCUAAAAAUGUCGGUGCAGAUCUUGUAAAGCAGGUUGCAAAUGCCACAAAUAAAGUGGCUGGAGAUGGUACAACCUGUGCAACUGUCCUAACUCAGGCAAUUCUUUUGGAAGGCUGCAAGUCAUUGGCUGCUGGCGUAAAUGUGAUGGACUUGCGAAAAGGAAUUAAUAUGGCAGUUGAUACAGUCAUAUCUGACUUAAAAAGCAGGGCAGUAAUGAUAAGCACUCCGGAGGAAAUUACACAGGUUGCCACUAUUUCUGCAAAUGGGGAACGUGAAAUUGGAGAACUAAUAGCAAGAGCAAUGGAGAAAGUUGGGAAGGAAGGGGUCAUUACGGUCACUGAUGGGAAUACUUUAGACAAUGAAUUAGAAGUGGUGGAAGGAAUGAAGCUAGGCAGAGGCUACAUCUCUCCCUACUUUAUUACUGAUCAGAAGACCCAGAAAUGUGAACUUGAGAAUCCCCUGAUUCUCAUUCAUGACAAGAAAAUUUCAGAUAUUAACUCGCUUGUGAAGAUAUUGGAGCUGGCUAUAAAUAAAAGCAGACCACUUCUUCUUGUGGCUGAGGAUUUGGAGAGUGAUGCACUUGCUUUACUUAUUCUCAAUAAGCAUCAUGCUGGUUUGAAGGUGUGUGCCAUAAAAGCUCCUGGUUUUGGGGAUAACAGACGGGAAAAUUUGGAUGACCUUGCCAUUCUUACCGGUGGAGAGGUUAUCAGUGAAGAACGCGGCUUAACUCUCGACAAAGUCAAAGUUGAAAUGCUCGGUACUGCAAAAAGGAUCACUGUCUCACUUGAUUACACAAUAAUUCUACAUGGGGGAGGGGAUAAGAAGCUGAUUGAAGAAAGAUGCGAGGAGCUGAGGAUGGCCAUGGAGAAGAGCACUGCCGUGUUUGACAGGGAGAAAGCACAGGAGCGAUUAUCGAAACUAUCUGGAGGUGUAGCUGUUUUCAAGGUUGGUGGAGCUAGUGAGGCAGAAGUUGGAGAAAGGAAAGAUAGAGUCACAGAUGCUUUGAAUGCUACCAGAGCAGCUGUGGAGGAGGGUAUUGUGCCAGGUGGUGGUGUUGCUCUCUUGUAUGGUACAAAGGCUUUGCAGAAUCUUCAAACUGAAAAUGAAGGCCAAAAAAGAGGCGUUCAGAUAGUUCAAGAUGCUCUUAAGGCACCGACUUUAACUAUAGCUUCAAAUGCUGGUUAUGAUGGCUCUCUGGUUCUCGGCAAACUACUGGAACAAGAUGAUGAUAAUUUGGGAUUUGAUGCUUCAAAAGGUACAUAUUUGGAUAUGGUGAAAGCUGGAAUCAUUGACCCUCUAAAAGUAGUUAGAACAGCUUUGGUUGAUGCUGCCAGCGUUUCAUUGCUAUUGACGACAACCGAGGCCUCUGUCCUGGAAAAUCCAGAUGAGAAAAAACCACCAAGUCGUAUGCCGGACAUAGAUAAUGACUACUAGGUAGUGUGUCCCUUUGUAUGAUUAGUUGCUUACUUCACAAUUUCUGCUUAAGAUAGCAGAGAACAUAAAUUGAGUUUGAGAGCCAAGGUUCGAUUUUGAUGAACUCUUAUGAGAAAUACAUGAGGACGGCGAUCAAAUUAUAAAAGAAAAGAUAAUAGGGCACGCAAUUCUUGGUGUUCAAAGAAAAACAGUUGAGUUCUUUAUUGCAGCUCUGGUUCCUUUCCUUUC